CGUAGUUACGUGCAGUACAAUUUCCUCGUUCUUUACGAGUCUUCUCCCGUGACUGCCUGCCAGGAUCAAUCUAUGAAUAUGCCGAAGACUCCGAAAAGUGAAGACGUGAUCGCACAGAUGGUGGACACGAACGGCACGCAGCCGGCGAACGUUCUGAGUGUACUGACGGAACGGUUAGAAAAACUAUCCACCAGGACACCAACAGCGACCCGCUCAGCCCCGGAGAAGUACAAUGUUGGAGACAACUUCCAGCGGUGGAAGAAACAAGUGAAAAUAUGUCUUGAGAAUUUUCUACCUGAACGUCAUCCCAAUUUGGUGUUAUCAAGGGUAUGGGAAAAUGAUUCGCCCUCGGAAUUGGAGAAGAAUUUGCUGGAACAAUUAGUCCUGGGGUCCAGAUCCAAUAACGUACGACAGCAUCUGCUCAUAAACCCACCAUCGGACGUGGAGAUGGCUGUGAAACGUGCAGAAGAUACGGAAAAGCUGAUGGCAGCCACAGCAGCAAAUCAAGAAUGUCCAACGGUGGGGCAAGAUGGUGCGCAAGAAGUCGGACAUUAG